AAAUGAUAAAGCCGUUACACUGGGAACUGGAGGCAGGACAGAUAAAAACCUAGCUUAAAAACGACAUUUACGCUAUUCUGGUACAACUUCAUAUCUUUAAUUUGUCCAGAAAGUGACAGACGACCGUCAGCAUCUUACAUUAUUCUCGAUUUGGAUUUUACAGAGUUUUAUCAGUAGGAGGAGGUGUAAGUUAGGGUUUGUUAAGUUAACGGUUAAGUUUGGCGGUUGGUGACGCCGUGAGGUGGGAAAGUGGACUUUCUCAUAAGCUACCAUUACUCCUUAAAGAGGAGAGGAGGAAACCGAGCAGCCAUCGACGUGGAGAGUGAAAACACAGGGACAGUGGAGAAGUGAAAGGAGAAGGUAGAGACACCAGCCCAGCUACUUGCCUGCCUGAGAGAGUGCUGUGUCAUGGGGAAACAGAACAGCAAGCUACGGCCUGAGGUCCUGAAUGACCUGAGGGAAAACACAGAGUUCACUGACCACGAGCUGCAGGAGUGGUACCGCGGCUUCCUCAAGGACUGUCCCACCGGACACCUGACCGUGGAGGAGUUCAAGAAGAUCUAUGCCAACUUCUUUCCCUACGGGGACGCCUCAAAGUUUGCAGAGCACGUCUUUCGCACAUUUGACACCAACGGGGAUGCCACCAUUGACUUCAGGGAGUUCAUCAUCGCCCUCAGUGUGACGUCUCGCGGCGGGCUCGAGCAGAAGCUGCGUUGGGCUUUCAGCAUGUACGACCUGGACGGGAACGGCUACAUCAGUCGGGCAGAGAUGCUGGAGAUAGUUCAGGCCAUUUACAAGAUGGUGUCGUCAGUGAUGAAGAUGCCUGAGGAUGAAUCAACACCAGAGAAAAGGACAGAUAAAAUCUUCAGACAGAUGGACAUAGACAAUGAUGGUAGAUUGUCUUUGGAGGAGUUCAUUAAAGGUGCCAAGAGUGAUCCGUCCAUCGUCAGACUGCUGCAGUCGGAUCAGGGAGCCUCUCGUCAGUUCUGAGGACAGAGACAAUAACACACACACUCUCUCUCUCUCUCUCUCUCUCUGGAACACAUACGCACCAACAUCCAUCCAGCUUCAUGCUGUUCACCUGAUCAUCAUCACACCCACCCUCAGCAGACAACCCUUUCAUUUCAGUAACACUCCAUUGCCUAGUGUUUACAUUAAUGGAUAAUUGACUUUUGUCAAUGUGGCUGCUUCUCUGUGGACUAUGACGUGCUUCUCACUUCAGCUAUUCUGUGUAUAUGCUUUUCCCCACAGCUCUCCGUUUUUACUUGUUCUCCAUAAGUGAGGUGCCAUAUCACAUAUUUAUACAGACUGGAUUAUGUUUGCAAGUAUUAUUUCUCUCAUUAUGUUACACUAAGAGGAAACUAAUUACAUCACUUGGUAUAAUUUGAUUGGAUGUAGCUGUUGAAAAGUGGCUUACUGUUGUUCAGAAUAUCAACCGUAGAUAAACAGGUUGCUAUUCUGAACAAGCUCUAUAUGCCUUUGGUAUUGCAUGCGCUCUGUGAUAUGCGUUUUGUUAUAUUGUAACAGUUUAUGUGAAUAAGGAGGCCGUGAUUGUUUUUAUUCCUUUUUAUUUUUGUAACAAAAAUGUCAUUUUGUUUUCACACAAUUGAAAUAAAGUCGUGUAAGAAAAAUCUACACAAGAA